UGAUGAUCAUAGCUGCAUACAACUGGAUUCCCUCGACUCACAAGACAUAUGUCUCACUUGAGAGAGCAAGACUGAUCUACAAGAUGGCUCAUGGAGUCCGUGUUGAUUUGGGGAAGAUGAUGUUCAGACAGAUUCUUAAUCUUGGAGUGAUUCAAGUCAAUGAUGCCCGCUGGUUGAUCUUCCCUCGCUUGAUCAUGGCACUUCUUCAAAGUCAGCAGGCGGUUCCAUCCUAUCCUAGUGACAAGCUCCAACGUCCGGUUCUCUACAAGAAGGAUAAACGAGUGGGCGAGAUCUAUGAGCAGAGACUGGCAAAAGGAAAGGGACCAGCUAAAGCUGAACCAAAGAGAAGCUCUGCAAGGACAACCCGUCAGGCAUCUCCUGCUCCGAUCCCUGCUCCACGAACUGCUACACCAAGCUCCAGAACUGCACCACGUCGUGUAUCCCUUUAUGAACUUGGAUCAGUUGCCAUCCCUCAAGGACCACUCAGCCGUGUUGAUUUGCAAGUGGCACUACAGGACACAACACGAGCCCUUCAAGCGCUAGCUGAGAUAGUUCAGGAUCUUCAGAGUGCUGUAGCAGGGGGAGAAGAAGAAGACUAGGAUGUAGAAGACCAAGAUUGUGGGGGAGCUGUGUUUUGUUGCUUUGUUUUCAUGUCUAUGUUAUUUCAAUUGCACCACUUGUUGCAAUUCCUUGUUAUCCAUGUUUUCAGACUGGCUAAGAUUA